AAAUUCAGCGCUUAUUCGCUUUAGCUUUGUCUUUGAUUGGAUCUUGUGUUACGUUGUACGUUGGAGCAGAACAUUUUGCGUGAACAACUGCGGAUAGAUGACAUAUUUUGAGCUUCGACGUUACUUCAGCCCAAGCACUGUCGUGAUUCUUUGACUCUUCUUGAAGAUUGGAGUGACUGUAAUUCAAGAUGGAUGGAGAUGGCAUGGAUGAUCUAAAAUGUCCAGUGUGUCUAGAUGUCUUUAAAGACCCCACCAUCCUCAACUGUGGGCAUACCUUCUGCAGGGGUUGUCUACAAUCGCAAGACCGGCUGCACAUCAAUCGGCAUGGUAUUACCUGCCCCGUUUGUCGAGGCGUCACCGGGUUAGGACAUGGUCGUGUCGCGGGACUCACGGCCAACCUGCUGGUCAGAGGACUCCUAGAUGACUCUCAAACUCAAGCCCACCCACAACAGUACUGUGAAUUCUGCCCGCGGCAUAGUAAACUCUACCUGGACAUCUUUUGUGUGGAGUGUGAAGAACUGAUUUGCUUAAGGUGCUAUGCAACUCGGCACAAAGAUCAUGAAGUAAAGAAGAAGGAAGAGAUUGAAGGAGAGAUGAUGAAGGAGCUGAAAGGGGUCAUUGGGAAAGGAAAGACCAGGAAAACUCAAUUGGUAAAUUUCAAGGAUGAAAUUGAGCAGCAGAGUGACAUGAUCCAGUGUCACAUUGGACAUUUACAAGUUCAAAUACGAGAAUCGUUUGCCAAGAAGGUAAAGGUCCUUGAGAAAAAGCAAGAGAAGCUACUUAAGGAGUUAGAUCAUGCUUCCAUGCUUUUUGAUGGCAUCAUGAAAAAUCGCUGCCUCUCGGAGCUUGACAUUGAUAUUCAAACAGUUAGCAGUUCCGUCGCUCGUCUCACUGGUAACAAUGCCUUUAAGUGUCCCGACACGAGAACCUUUCGCAGCAAUCGCGAGAGUUUUCAUUAUCUCAAGGGUUUAUCAUCUGAUGAGGUGAUAUCCAAUGUUCAUUCUCGCAUGAGGGAUGAGGCAAAAUCUUGCCUAACUGAUGCAGAAAGAUGCCGGUUUCUUCCUCUCGAUGGUAACAUUCUCGACUUGGGUCAUCUAGAAAUCCCAGAGUAUCUUAAAAAGUGUGAAUCACCAUCAGAUGUCUUGAUGGACCUCGAAAUUGAUAUAAUGAACUGACAGGUGUGUGCUACACUUUUGUGUUAAUUUGUACUUUUGCUGGUGGAUAAAUGAGAUACAAUUUUUUUAUU